GAAAGGUGUCUUGGCACACUUUUGCUUGAACGGGAACCUGAUAUCAUUGCUUCCGGCUGUGCUCAAACAACGUCUGUUCAGGAGCGUCUCUUUGUUCUGUCGCUGGUGUUUUCAUUUGAACUUUGAGAAGAAAAAGUGUUCUUGUCUAUUUAAAGAGUCAGCUUUGUCUUUUGAGACAUCCGUCAUUGCCACUAGAGCUGUCAUAUCUGGAUGAAGCUUUGUAUUACCUUUCAGCCUCCUGAUGCUGUGAACACCUGACUUAGAACUCCUUAGGAAGGAUAUAUAACCUCUCGACUUAGACCUUGUAUAUACCUCCCGUCCUUGAGGACGCAUGUCUCCCGAUGAAGUUCCGUUACCGUCUCCUUAUAAAAGUACCGCUGCAAGUUUUGUGGACGUCUUCAAAACGUUAGGUGUCUCCCGGUCCAGAUCGCAAUCUCCACUUUCGCUGCAGGACAGCAGUCAUUCCUUGUCGCAUACGACGGAUGUGCGGAGAAACAAUUUCCUCGUACUCGGAUUUGAAUCAAUGCAUCGUGGUAGCGUCGUUUCCAGCUCUUCGGACACUCCCGGUGCCCCGGAUUUCGAAACAUCUCUCAGAAAUCUAUCACAGACACAGAAUCUAGCUCAUGCCAUCGACGAGGCGGAGCAUGUCUCCAGAUCCCUGCAGUGGUUCACUUCAGACCAAUCCGUUGCGCUAUGGGAGGCUGGCUCCUACCUCAUCCACAAUCUGGACUCGCCGGACGCUCGACGAAGUGGGUCAAUGUUGAUAGAGGCUGUUGCAGCCCGUCAGGAUCUAUCGCCUUCAGGUCGGCGUAUCGUCUUUGAAGCGAUUUCAUGCUCGUCAGAGCCGGAUGUAAUACCAGCACGUGUCCAAUCGUUGAUAUCGCUUUCGGAUCACGGCAGGAAGUUGGACUUCACCUCAUCGUCUAUCCUUCCCAUCCUUUCGUCAUGCGCUGUCCCACUGUAUGAGCUCAUCUCGUCGGCCCGACUGAAAGCUCGUAAAGCCAAGGUUGGCAAAGUGAACGGACUUGGUUAUGAUGAAACAGCACUAGAUGAUUUGUUGCAGUUCGCUGUUGAUUUGAUCACGCUGCAACGGAAGCGUCCAAGCGCUGAAGAGGUUGAGUCGUUGCUCGAUCAGAUUUUCGUGAUUUGCAAAAAGACGAGCGUUGCCGCCGACAUCAAAAACUCACUAGCAGUAUUCGAUGCCGUCAUACUCUAUGCAGACGUUCCGGACGGGAGUUUUGUUCCUAUGCUAGAGGUUCUGUGCAGUAUUCAUGCUUCCGUGAAGUCCUUAUCUGGACCUACCUCGAGAGCUGUCAGAAACCUUGCAAAGUCAAGAUGGCAGACAGAAAUGGUCAACACCCUUGAUUCAUUCCUGAUGGAGUCAUCUGGGGAAGAGAGUCGCAAUAUCAACGUUUUGCGCGGUACAGUACACAUUUUCACAGACUUGAUUCGCGCUCACGGUCAGGAUGGCAUACCGCAGCUUCACUUUGAGCAUCUAAUGGAUUGUCUCGAGGUGGUGAUUCGUAAAGAUGAUAGUCGCUUAGAAGCAGAUGUGCUGGAGUUGUGUUUGAACAUUUUGGAUGGCGAUUUCGCUCACGUGGCUCUGGAAAGCAGCUGGUCGGGGUUUGUGAGGGUUCUCAACUCAUGUUCGCUCAGAGCCGUUGGUGAACGUGAAGAGCGCGCCGCCUCAAUUUCUAGUUCACAGUCGCCCCUCUCAAAAACCGGCACGUCUGAAGACGCAAAAUCGAAUAUCCUCGCUAACGCUGUUCAAAUCGCGACCACAGUCGAAUCCCUCUGGGACCGUUUGAGCAGAGAGCAAAAAUUGGAAGCUACACGGUUCCUGAUGAACCUGUGUGAGCACACUGAGCCGUCGCAGGCUGAGCUCGUCAUCAACACGACGAGAUCCGAAAAUCUUUGUCUCCCUUCUAACUCGGACUGGGUCAACCAUUGCCAGAUAUUGAUUCGCUGCUUUAUCCGGUCUCGCAACAAGCCAUCUGAUAUCCGAAUUUCAGCCUUGGACCUCCUGAAGGAGGCGUUCUCGACCUACGACGCGUUAGUUCUUUUCGAGGGAGAGGGGUUGCUCCACCUCAUGGUUGAAAAGUUUAGCGAGGAAGAUGACAUCUUGUUCCUAGAAUCACUAGUAUCUUUUAUCGUUGAUACGUCCGUCCUUGUUACCGACGACGCUACCUUCAAGUUCCUGGUAGAUACCUUGAGUUCACCCAUGAACAAGGAUCUCGACAACCCCGAGCUUUUCAGUCCCCCGGCUUCCGAUGCACCUUCGCCUCAACGUCGCUCAUCUGCAGAAUUGGCGCCCGCGCUACAUCCUGCUAGCUCUCAUCAUCACUCGCUGGAAUUGUCUCUCUCAAGCGUUUGUACCGCUGGGCUUGUCAGAAUGUUCCUUAGAUCGCUCAAUACGUCAGCCAACAAAGCGAUUACAGUGUUCGAGAAGCUUCUCAACUUCGCUCAAUCCCUUGAACGACCUGCAGAUUGCCGUCUGAAUGUCCUUAGAUUAUUGUUCAGACUCCGAUGUGAUUCAUCUGGGGCUGUUAUAGUAACAUCGAUGUCUGAGAACGACUUUUUAGUGGACGGUUCGGGUCGAGGUGGUGUUGAUAGCAGCGCUAGAUCACAGACUUCUGAAAGUGCAGUUGGAGACCAUGGUACAAGUGAAGAAAACUUGCGAUUGGCCGCUCAAGGAAGGCAGUCUAUAAGCAGGGAAUCACUUGCAAACAUCUUAUCCAGAUCCGCUGGUCGGAACACUGCAGCUCAUUCCCGUUCAUCGGUCUUAACUCCCCCAGUCUGGACGUUCGCCUCAUCACAAGUUCUACCCGAGAAUCCACCGGCUGAUUCGAGUCCUUACAUGUACGCUUAUACGACCCCUGACCUGUCGCCUCAGUCUGAAUAUGAACCUACUCAAAAAGUCGCGUUGAAGGCCAACAUGUGGCUGGAGACAGUCAUAACGCUGCUUCUCCGAGAAAAAAAUUGGGAAAUCUAUAGCUACGUGCUGACGCAUCUAGCCCCCCAGCUUAGCAACCGAGGUCUUUUCCGCAACGCUGUUCCUCAGAUCAAACUACUACGCAGCGUAAUGUGUGAUCAAGUCAAGAACGAAUCGUUUCGAGAGCCCCCAGCAUCCACGGGCGUCAAGAAAACAGACGUGGCUGGCUAUAUUUUCGAUUGCCUCUCCGUGUUGGUCAGUUAUCACGAGGUCUUCGCCAAGAGCGAGGAAGAUGAGCUUGUACGCGCCUUUAUGAUGGGCAUCAUAGGAUCUUGGGGUGAUACAUCUCGCAGAUGUGUACAUGCGCUUUCUGUGUGUUGCCAUGAAAUUCCACUUUCUGUGACGAAAUCGUUGAAUGGCAUAUUCGACAAGAUGGCAAAAGUGAUUACUAUGUCCAAUCUAGCAGUACACAUUCUCGAGUUUCUGUCCCUCCUUGCACGGCUGCCAGAUGUCUACGUCAAUUUGCGCGAGGAAGAGAUCCGAACCGUUUUCGGUAUCUGCAUUCGCUUCCUCCAGACCUCGAGAGAGCACCGCUUGAGGGCGGGUGACUCGUCAAAUCGGCCCAGCCAGGCCUCGACACGGCUUGCUGGAGGUGUCAAAGAGAUUGCAGUGACGCCAGGCGAGCCCUCUGAUCCAUCACAGCAAGAUGGAAUGUCGAGAUACAUCUACACCCUGACUCAUCAUGUCAUGGUCUUUUGGUUUUUGUCCUUGAAACUCCAGGAUCGGGCGAAGCAUGUCAACUGGAUUACCAGCAGACUCAUUUUCAAGGAUGAACAUGGGCAGGAAAGGGUUGAAGAACAGAGCCAGGUCUUCAUUGAUCUGAUGCAGAGAGUUGCAUUCUCGGAUUUGGGUGAGACUAUUCCAUAUGAGACGUUCCCUCCAUCGCCCUCGGAUGGACCAGUGUCCAAAAAGUCAUGGGUCGUGGGCAUGAGCAUAGUCACCGUGGAGACAGCUGGAGUAUCUGGUUUGACUCAAAUUACAAAGCGACAAGCUUCCGGAACCACUUAUGCGAUGUACCAGCAGCGGACAGCUCCUGUACUUCCUCAUCAAGUGCCGACCUCACCUGAUGCGCAUGCCCAUUCAGACGAUAUGCGCACUGCCGUGCUUCCUUCUCACGUACUACUGCAGUUGACGACCACAGCGUUUCCUACACCCACCGUAAUGCAACCGAUCCCCCUUCCUGACGACGACAUGACUCGCAGAGCGCUUAGCAUUUUUGACCGCAACGACAUUGUCGAUGGCCAUAAAAUCGGCGUCAUUUACAUAGACAACGGCCAAACGACCGAGUCGGAGAUCCUCUCUAAUACCGUUGGGAGCCCUGACUACGAGUACUUCCUUUCCGGUCUGGGAACCAAGGUACCGAUCAGAGGAGCACAGUUCAACACCCAGGGAUUGCAUCCGGACGUGGAUGGCGAGUUCACUUAUGCUUGGAGAGACCGGGUCACGGAGAUUGUGUACCACGUUGCGACGAUGAUGCCCACCGAUUUCGAUAGAGACCCGGCUUGUAUCAACAAAAAGCGGCAUAUUGGGAAUGACUUUGUCAAUAUCAUCUUCAAUCGGUCCAAUGUUCCAUUCAAUUUCAACACGAUUGCGUCUCAGUUCAACUUCAUCAAUAUUAUCAUUAGUCCCGUGUGCCGCAUCGCGUCUGGGUCUGGUGCCGCAACUCCGACACCCAGUGAUUUCGAACAGACAUCGUACACUGUGAAGGUCAUGAGCAAGCAUGGACUGCCAGAGAUCUCGCCCGCAUCGACUCCCAAGGUCAUUUCUGGAAAGAACCUCGCAGCCUUUGUGCGCAUCCUUGCAUUGAAUGCAUCCGUGUUUUCCCUCGUCUGGAACAGUCAAGGAGGCGAGCAUGUUUCCUCUUGGCGCAAUCGCCUUCGCGAGAUCAAGCGGCUCAGAGAACGGGCACUGGGAUCGCAGUUGCAGAUGUCAGAGGCCGCGGAGGGUGCCUACCCCGGUCAGCGACGCAACACCAAGCCCAACAUUUUCUCCGAAGAGGUGCCUUCGCGAGUGACUCCUGUCAAAACCGACUUUGCUACCGAUUGGAAUGCCGCUGCAGACGCCAACAUUUUGCAGAACUUGGACUUUUCUCGCUGGGGCCGUUAAGGCGUUCGUAUCGGUCUCAACUCAUCUCUGUCACGCCCAAUACAUACACGACCGCUUUGGGUGAUCCAAACUAAAACAGAGAACAAAAGGAUUGAUGAUUGAGGAUUGUGGAAGGAGCGGGAAAAAAAAAAAUUUGAAAUGUGUGAUGCCCUUUUACCUGCUUGAUGAUUACUAGGCUCCAGGCCUUUCUCCAUGCAGUACGUUCUUUGUUAUUUUAAUGAUCCACAACACCUGUGCCAAUACCCCCUGAAUGUCAUGCAAAAAGUUUAUUUCCUUUUUUUUUUUUUU